AAUGUCUUUAGGAUAUUAUGAUUGGCUAGUCAAAGUGAUAGUAUUAGGGGAUUCAGGUGUUGGAAAAACUAAUAUCUUAACACAAUUUUGUGAUUCAAAAUUCUCUUAAAACUACACUGCAACAAUAGGAGUUGAUUUUAAAAUUAAGAUUCUUAAUGUACUUUCAUAAUUGAAUUCAAGGUGUAAGAUAAGAAAAUUAAACUGUAAAUAUGGGACACAGCUGGAUAAGAACGUUUUAGAAACAUUACUUAAACUUAUUAUAAAGGAGCUUAUGGAAUAAUUUUUGUGUAUUCUUUGAUUGACAGAAACUCUUUUAAUAAUGUAGAAGGAUGGAUAAAAUCAAUUCUCGAAAGCACUACUGAUGAAGUGUAUGUGUUAUUUAUUUAAUAAUUUCUAGUUGUUCAAUUUUAGUAGGAAAUAAAUUAGAUUCUUAAGAUAGAAGAGUCUAAACUGCAGAAGGAGAGAAAUUGGCUCAAAAGUAUAAUAUGCCAUUUAUUGAAACAAGUGCUUUAGAGAAUAAGAAUAUACGUACAAACAUGAAUUGUAUAUAUUAGAAGAUAUUUUCGAUAGAUUGGGAUAAAAUCUGAAGAUUAGAUUGGAAAAUGAAGGAUAAAAGGUUUCUAACAAUAUCCAUACAUAAUCUGGUUAAUUUAAAUUAAAUUAGGAAGUUAAUUAAACUGAAUAGCCAACAUCUAGUUGCAAUAGUUGUUGAA